AUGCAUGGCCAGCUGUCCCGCAAUGGCCCAGCCCUGACCUGGCUGGCCACAUCCAGCCUGACGCUGCUGGAUAUUGGAUCCUCAACAUGUCGACACCAUAUGCUGACAGCCAGUCCAGAACACGAUAGAAGCAUGUCUCCCGAGGCCUUGUCCUCUCUCUUCCAGCAGCGGCCCAUGCGACCACUUCCCAAGCGACGCCUCAGGGAGCGUUUGUCACCCGAAGUUGCGGACACGAUCGAAUACCCUCCAGCGAGCCAAAACUCGAGUCCUUUGUUUCUGUUGCCGGGCAUUGUGCGGGACGAGAGGUCGUCUAGUGUGGGAAGAAACUACACAGUCAUUCGGGAUCCUGGAUAUGAGGGCGCACCCAUUGCAACCCACGAAGCAGGCGAGAGUGACGAGGAGGAGGUAAAGCGGUUCGCCAGCAGCAAAGUCGUCCGUCGAUCACACCCCCAGAUUUUGAGUAGGUCGACCCCGCAGUCGAACAGAUCUGGGCAGUCGAAGCACGCAAAUCACCAACCGGCACCCUCUACAACCUCUUCAGUCGACGGUUACGAUUCGUUCGAGAACACCAAUAAUAAGAAGAAACGCAAUAUCCCCACUGCUGGCGACAACACAUUGAAUGGCACGCAUACUCUUGCCGACAUCACAGCCCUCGGAAUCACGGCUACCGCUGGCUCGCCCGUGACCGACAAUGAUCAGUCCGGCCCCGUGUCGCCGUCAUACUAUGGAUCUUCAGGAUUUGUGGCGAACAACCAGGGGAUUUCUGGUCCCGGAAGAGGGCGGUUCGGUCGUUCAAGAAAUGGCAGAAGUCCGCUUCGAGCAUUAUCAGUCUCUGAAGCAGCCAACAGCUGGGUGGGACGAGGGCCCAAGAUCCGGCAGCCUCAAUGGGCCGCAAAUUCCAGCAAUGCGGGCGCACCAGCCGCCGCCAAGAAGACGAAAUCUAGACGUCGCGCGGAAAGGGACCUCAAGAUGGCCGCUGCUCAUCGUCGCCGUGAGGCCAGAGAAAAAGCCUACCACAACCCGCCCCGUCCUGAGGACAUGUGGAUUUGCGAGUUCUGCGAAUACGAGCAGAUUUUUGGCGAACCUCCCUACGCCCUCAUCCGACAGUACGAGAUUAAGGAUCAAAAAGCCCGCCGCCAGGAACAAGAAAGAAAGCGGCUGCUCGAGAAGGCCAAGGCCAAGAGGCGCAAGGGCAAGAAGGCCAACAGUGGCAAGCCUGGUGCCAAGAACACUGACUCGUCUCAGCCGGAGCCUCAACAGCAGCCUCACAGAGUUGACGGAGGGCAUACGGACGGAACGCGCUCGCAGACCAAUAGCACGGACGAGGAUGAAGAAGGGUACCAUAAUGGCGAAUCCGACUACGACGGCCGCUCCUUCACCCACGAUGACCCGCCCAUGACACUUUCGGACGAUCCAGACCCCGAAUACCCCGACGACGAACGCCUGGCAUGUCCCUGCGCGUCCUGCGUGGCCGGCGCAGGGCAUGCAGGGGUGCCUGCCUAGAGAGGAGGAACAGGAAGCCUCCUGCGUGUCGUCGAAUGUGAUACCCAGGAAGCCUGCAUCUGGACCACUUGGCUACUUUUGUUUUUAUUUUGGCAUUUCUGCGCGCACAGCGUUCUGUUUGAGUUUUGGAUUUGACAAUGGACCCAAGAUGCGCCCCAAAGCACGCAUCAAGUCGGUGGUCUUGUCCCAUGAUGAAGCCUGAUUUAGUUUGACGGCUGGUUUGCAGUCCCGCAGUUUCCGGAAAACGGGGCGGUUCGCUAUACCCCAUGGGAUCAUCGUCGCUGACUGAUGGCAACUGAAGAUUGCAAGAGAGGAGGCAGUAUUGUGCGAAACGUUGCGACGCAUG